UCACAGAAGAAGAAUAAAGUCACUCUUCUUCUUCUUGUCCUGUUUCCCGCUCUAACAUGGCGGGCUCCUCUAACAGCCCUCUGUCUCGGACCUCCACCCCUCCCACCGACCCCCUCUUCCACUCCAACCCGCCCUACAGCGCUCCUAACCUGGCCAGCUCCCCGCGCCUCCCCGCUGCCCGCUUGGCCGGAGCUUUCCUGAGCGGUGGGAGCGACAGAGUUCCGGUCAAAGUGAACGGGACGAGCGGCAGCGGCGGCGGCGGAGGUGGCUGCGCUCCGCCGCACACCGAGUGUAAGAUGGUGGAAGUUCACGGUGUGAAGGUGGCGUCGUUCUCGGUGAACGGCGUGGAGCUGAUCUGCCUGCCGCAGGUGUUCGAGCUGUUCCUGAAGCACCUGGUGGGCGGACUGCACCAAAAGCUGAAGCGGCUGGACAUGUGUGUCUGCAGUGGUGUGUGUGUGUCCUGCACCAUAUGGAGCAGUGUGCGCAUCACCUAUAGUUCCAGACAGACGGUGCGUCUCUUAAAGUCGUCCCCUGGGGACAGUGACAGUGUUUUAUUAAAGGGCCAUACCACUGUGUUUUUCAGCUCUCGACCAGGUCGACCUCCCAAGAGAACGCUGGGCAUGGCCACCUUGACAGACGGCUCUAGGCUCCUCCCACACGGUCUGAUAAGCCCCGCCCUGCUUUCACAGACAGGUCUGACAGCGGCGGCGAUGGCAGAGGCCCUGAAGCUGCAGAAAAUGAGGAUGAUGAUGGGUUUCCAUGGCAACAGUGAUCAGAGCAAACAGCACAAUGGAGCCGAGUCAGACAACGAUGACACGAGAGGCAGUGAAGGAUCCUGGGAGAAAGAGCAGCGCCUCCUGUCUCCUCUCUCUUCAGCUGUAGCCCCUCCUCCUGGUUCGGCGUCUCUACACCUCAACACUCUGCAGCAGCACAGCUCGCUAUUGGCAAACCGUCUGUCAGACUUCCCCUUUAUGGUCAUGCCACACCCCCUCCUCCCUGUGGGUCUGCCCCCUGCCAGCGUCACCAUGGCAAUGAACCAGAUGAGUCAGCUGGGCAGUUUGGCAAACAUGGCCGCCGUGUCACAUGUUCAGAUAGAGGAGAGCAAGGAGUCUCCUCCAGGAAGCCCCUCCCCCUGUCUCUCCCCCAGUGAUGAUGAGCUCCGUCCCCAAGACCCAACCAGCCAAUCACCUUCCAGAGCAUCUUCAUCCUCCUCAUCAACACCUCCUCCUCCGGCACACACACCGGAGCUUGAUGGAGACGUCGCAGAGCAAGAAAACAACUUUAAGAAGGUUGUGAGGGACAACGAUGACAGCAUGUUGCCCCUCCCCCUCCCCAAACUGACCAAUGAGAGGCUGCCUCUCACCUCUCAGCCGCUGUCGGUCAACAAUGCAAACCCUGCCUUCACUCCGUUCCUGUUGGCUGAAGGUCUGUCGUCCAUGGAGACACUGCUGACCAACAUACAGGGUCUCCUGAAGGUGGCGGUGGAGAGCGCUCGAUCUCAGGACAAACAGAACCAGCUGGAGAGGAAAGAGUUAAAACUGGAGCUGGAGCGGGAACGAGACGCAAGACAGACGCUCCAGAGACAGCUGAGCUCCGAGCUGCAGACACGAGUGUCGAUCCAGAGGAGGCUGAAGAAGGAGAAGAAGGCGAAGAGGAAGUUACAGGAGGCGUUGGACUUUGAGUCACGGAGGAGAGAGCAGGUGGAGCGAGCGCUCAAACACACAGACGCAGUGAUUCCUGAGAAGGAGCCGGAGAACAAACAGCAGGAGAACUCUGCAGCUCAAGAGAACAGACCGUUCACCAAACCUCCACUGCUCUUCUGAGGAGCUGCUGAUGAAGAGGAGCUGCUGAUGAAGAGGAGCAGCUGAUGAAGCUGUACUGGACCUCCUGAAACAUGGACAAAUUAAAAACAAAAGAGGAACUAAACACUCAGAGUCCCAUCAGCCACCUCUCUGUCUACUUCCUGUUUUUAUUAUUAUUGUUAUUAUUAUUAUUAAAGAGGGCGGAGCCUGGUGUGAACAGGACUGGUCACCCUGAUGGGGGAGGGGUUUUACGUGACACAUCACAUGAACACCUGUGAUGUCAUCAGGUGACUCUUGUUAGCAGGGGGCGGAGCCACAUUUUUUUUUCUCUGCUGCAGUAAAACUUUGUGUCAUGUGUUCCUGUAGUUCUGGUCCCAGCUGAGGUCGGACCGUCUCUGAUCACCUGCUGAGUUCUCAACAGAACAGGAAACACAACUUAACGAGCUUAACGAGUUAACAAUCACAGUUUUGAACCCAGACUUCAGUAGUGACAUCACAGAGUGGGCGUGGUCCUGAACAUCUUAACGAGCUGUGGUCCUUAACAAGGCAGCGCUUACAGCUGAUUGGUUGUUUUUAUUUUCAGUGACCUGUACAGAGUUUAUUACAUCAUCAUCAUCAUGAGUUUAAAAUACUAAAUACUGAACACGUCUGAGUUGGUCAUUAAUUAGUUUGUGUGACAAGGUGUGAGACGAGGUGUGAGACAGUGUGAGAC